GCUGGGCGAGCACCAACGCGGAUUCGAUGCUGGCCCUAACGGCUCGUGGGAUCUUCGCUCUGGACCCUCGAAUCUGUGCUGAUGUCGAUAUCAUGAGGGGUGGCCGGUGAUCCAGGCUGGUUCGAGCUCCCGGUCCCGUAUCUUGUCUCCUGAACUCCGUCUCCGCCAGCCCCGGUGCUCGCGCUGUUCCGGAUAGCAGUUCGUCUGUCUGUUGCUGAGAACCCCCAGACAGAGAGACCACGGGCCCGGUUAUAUUAUUUCCAUUACAAUGGGAGCUCCCGCGGGUCUGCUCAAGACCCUUGUGGUCCCCGCCCUUAUCUCCCUUGCUCUAUAUUUACUUCUCUCAUUCUUGAUCAUUCCAUUCUUUCGACGGUAUCAUCAACGAUACUCCCAGUAUCUGCCACUACAGACUAUCUCCGUGCACACGUCUUCGCUCCGAGAUCGUCUGGCUGAUGCAUUGAUGCAUCUGUUUCUGCCAUCUACCUGGAGGAGAGAGGCACGCCUCAUUGAGGGACAGAACGAUUCCGGUAGUAUCUUUGAUGAGGAAGGGGAGAAUAUGGUGGGGUUCGACCCGUCCAGGCGGGAGGCUCUGGAGAGGCGGCGGAGUACAACGAGUGAUGAUCAACCUCGUCUUAGUCGCGAUCUGGAGGAAGGGUUCAUGGACGAGAGCGACGAGGAAGACGAAGAGAGUAUGAGCACAUCACGUACACGUCGAUGACCUUAUUAAGGCGCAAUUCUUGCGCACUGGGUCUCUCAUUACGGCGUUGGCGCUCAGGCAGGAUUCAAGGUCCCUUGACCGUAUCGAAUAAUAAGUGGUAUCCAUGUUUUUCUUCUAUCCUGGCCGCUGGACAUCAUUUCUUUUUCUUAUAUCUUGCUCAAUAUAUGCCUCUGGGAUUUUAGACAUCGCAACAAGAGGGCUGCGAGUGUGCAGACCAGUUGAUGAAGUAUUUCGGGGAAAAGAAUAUAAUUUCGAAUCUCAUCCUAUAAAUCGUAAUAUCACUCUAUAACUCCUCGAUCUCCAUGUACAUAUAAAAAAAUGACCGGUAACAAUAAGAAACUGGGUCAUGCACUGACUAUUGAUCCCGACAGCAUCCAUUGACGUUGUAUUGUUCAGU